GGGGUUUUUCACCAUGGGAAGUUGGCAACACUGAAGCGCAUGUUUACAAUUCGGGUUAGCGUGGUUUGGUGGCGAUGGCGAUCGAGUGAGGCGAUGCCUUUCGGAGUCAAACCCCUUUGUAGCAUGUGCAAGACGACGGUUUCCUCCAUGUGGAGGAAGAACGACAAAGGAGAAGUUAUGUGCAAUUCGUGCGUGGUCAGGACCAACCAGUCGCAAAUGGAGAAGAAGGAAAGUUGUCAGCUCAAUCUUCGGAAGAGUACCCGAGCCAAGAGUUCAAAGUUCAAGCAGUUCCAAAUAAAAUUCGGCACGUCCAAGGGCAAAGGUCGACGCGCGGCUCUCAAAAAACCCUCUACAAAAGCACCGACCGCCAUGGCUACUCCAAUUACUACCGAAGCUCUGUAUCAUAAGGUAAUUUAUUCAUUAUAAUUAAUUUCAUUGGUAAUAAAAUUUGUAAAAUAAAAC